AAAAAAAAAAGAGAAGAGAGAAAAAGAGAGAGGAAGAAGGAAAAAGGAGAAAAGGAGAGGAACAACGAGCUUCAAGCUCCCUCAACAAUUCUCGAAGUUUUCAAGCCCCAACCUCCUGCCAAGGGUAAGCUCUAAAUCCAUGUCAAGGAGAAAAAGUUUCAAGUGCAAGUCUUAAAUCCCUUGAAGGACAAGAACAAGCUUAAGCCCUUGCCCUUCAGCCCCAACCUCCGGCCAAGGGUAAUCUCCAAAUCCAUGUCAAGGAGGAAAAGUUUCAAGUGCAAGUCUUAAAUCCCUUGAAAGACAAGAACAAGCUUAAGCCCUUGCCCUUCUAAAAUUCAGCUGUUAAUCAGAGGAUCGUGCUGUUCUAAGACGUAUUACUCUUCAAAGCCUAAGCACGUGCAUGGCAACACUCCAAAUCAGAGAUUGUUUCCCAUUUUUCUUCAAGUUUAUAAUAAUUUGUAUUUAUUUUGCAAAUCAAUACAUAUUAUUUGAUUUUGCAAAUUUUGUAAUAACACAUCUUUGGCGACUCCAUUGGGGAAAUCUCUGCCUCUCAUCUUUCAGUUGAAGAAAAAUUCCACCAUAUCUUUCUAAGCAUGGUGGACUCAAAGCAAGCUGUAACUCCUCUUGCAACUCGAAAAGUUCAAAUCUUUUCCAAUCAAUCUUCCUUGUUGACUCGUGCCAAAGCGCACAUGACAAGAUCCAAGUUGGUCUCCCCCUUGAAGCAAUUCACUAGAAGACGUUGUGAAGAACUCAGUCUCAAGCCCAGUCAUGUGUCUGCUUCGAAGUUAAAGUGGACUGACUAUCCUUCAUCAUCGUCUGAGUCCCUCUUAGCUGCCUUGGUUACUGAGGCAACAUCUGGUGACCCGGAUGCUCUCCUCAAGGCUAUGGAAGGCUUAAGGAAAGCAUCAAGCUUAGUUGCUGAAAAAGCCCUCGAAAACAAGGAAGACUCAUUAAGGACUUCAGAUCGGGGUAAGCAAGUCACUACGGAGGAAAGCUUGGAGCAACAAAAGCAAGAGCAACUAGAUCGAACAAUUCUCCAAGGUGCUUUCCGUGACACUACUCAUGCUACUGUGGCAUCUCUUACAUUUCCACAACUUAAACUUUUAGUUGAUGAUGUGAUUCGAGCUCGACAAGGAGGGACCUCACAAUCCUCACUUGUGUAUGCCAAGCCCUAUACUCGUAGGAUUGAUAAUCUAAGCCUACCAGAUGGUUACCAACCACCAAAAUUCCAAAAGUUCAAUGGGAAGGGCAACCCAAGGCAACACGUCACCCAUUUUGUCGAAACAUGCAACAAUGCUAGCACCUAUGGGGACCUCAUGGUGAAACAGUUUGUCCGGUCCUUAGAGGACGCAGCCUUUGAAUGGUACACUGACUUUCCUGCUGGGUCAGUGGAUAGUUGGGACCAGUUAGAGCGAGAAUUCUUGACACGUUUUUACAGUACAAAGCGUACUAUUAGCCUCCCUGAGCUUGCUAACACCAAGCAAAAGAAAGAUGAGUCUGUGACAGACUUCAUUGAAAGAUGGAGGCAUGGUAACUUUCUUCCAACAGAUGCUCACGAUAAAAAGGAGUCUCGAAAAGAUGUGAAGAAGGAAGUGAAACCUUCAAAAGCAAAAGAAACUAUGGCAGUCACAACAGCGCCUGUGAAGAUCUCACAACAAAAGCCAAAGUCAAAUCCUAAACAAGGUGUCAAGAUUGUUGAGGAUCAGGCUCCUAAGCGCCCAGAGGAAGUUGGGACAGUAAAUGAUCCAAAAUACUGUAAGUAUCACCGAAUUGUGAGUCAUUCAAUCGGUAAGUGUUUUGUGUUGAAAGAUCUGAUAGUUCGUCUUGAGAAAGAAGGCAAAAUACAACUAGAAACUGAAGAAGGUUCCGCUACCACCAAUGUUGCCAUGGUUUCCUUUGGAUCCUUCAGUCCAGUUCCACUCCUGCCUGUGCAACCAACCCCACUAAUGGUUCAGCCUAAGGAGUUUGGUCCCCACUUGCCCAAGGGGGAAAUUCAAGUUAAAUUUCAAACAAAUGAUGAAGAAAAGAUAGCUUAUGCUUAUCUUGGCAUGCCUACUUCUGGAGGUCCAGGCUCUCUUUCUUUAUAUGACCUUAUGAUGGUAAAUCUUGAAGAUUGGGAAUCAACAUCUGAGUCUGAAGAUGAGGUUGGUGAUGGUUGGUCAACCUUCAUUAGUAAGAGCAAAAAACACCGUAAUCCAGUAUCUAGUGGAAUGCCACUCCCAGAUCCUUAUAAAAUUAUGUAUGGUAUCUAUCCAGAGAUAAAGCCGACUGGAUGGUGUUUAAACUCUGAGUUUCCUGUCUUUUACAAUGAUGAUGACAGGUGGAUUCCAGUUCAAUCACGAAGGAGGAGGCGCCAUUCAAGACCCACACUACCAUUCAUCCAACAAAAUCAUUCAUUUCUUUCAGCUUUGCUAGCUACACCAAAAAAUCAAGAACAACAUCAGGUAGUGAAAAGGAAGUCUGAUUUACAAACAAGACUUCAACAAGUUCCUAAGAAGAGAAAGUCACUAUCUGAGAAAGGUAUGAACUCAAAAGAAAGAGCUGCAGUUACUCUUUAUGAAUACUUUCCAGAGGGAUAUUUUUCUGAUGAGGAAGUAUCUGUUAACGUCACAAGUUUCAAGACAGAAAACAAACCAUCAUCUAAAGAAGAAGCUGAGGGUUCCAAGAGCCAAUCAAAUGAUCCCAAAGCUGAUGGAACUUUGUUAGACCCGAAAAAGUUCCAAGGUGAGCUGGCCAAGCCAGAAACUAAGGCUGAGUGUCUAGGAACAAUAACCUUCAUAGAUGAAGACCUGCAACUUGGAACCCAAAAACAUAACAUGCCUCUUUAUGUGAGUGGCAUUGUUCGAGAUCACAAAGUGAAUCGAAUUUUGAUUGAUGAUGGAUCUGCUGUCAACAUAAUGCCAAUUUACAUCAUGAAGAGGAUAGGGAUAACUGUUGAUGAAUUGACUAGCAGUAAACUCCUAAUACAAGGCUUUAACCAAAAGGGCCAACAUGCAAUUGGCAAGAUCCACAUUAAUUUCCAAAUUGCAGACAUGGCAACCUCAGCUUUGUUCCAUGUCAUAGAGGCUAAAACAUCAUAUGAGCUUCUUUUAGGACGAACAUGGGUUCAUGAAAAUGGGGUGGAAGAAGAUGAUUUUGCAGCUCUUCCUAUCAAGAUGCCACAAAUAAAACAAAAGAAUGACGGAAAAAUUGUUGUUCACCCUAUAAAAGAUCCAUCUUCAAGUUCUGAAGUUCAUCUUUCAGUAAAGGAUGUGAAGGUACUCAAGGAAGAUCUUGUGCUUCCAUUGUCUACACUCUCUAAAUUGGGCAUUUCUAAUCCAGUUAUAAAAGAAAUGGUUGAAACAGCCAUAAAACAUGAAAAGCAACCUCAAGGAUGGUUUGAUCCUCGUGCUCAAAUGUUGCUAAAAAGGGUUGGCUUCAGAGAAGGAGAGUCUCGGCAACUUGGGGAUUUGAACUCUAUCCUCACAGGGACUCCACAACUACGAGUUUCAGCCCUGGAAAGGAUUCAGCAAGAAAAUAUCCGAGUGUCAGUUUUUGAAAGACUAGGGCCUGCUCCUUCACUAUUGACAAUCCAAGAGAAUCAUUCUCAAAAGCCUUCAGUCUUUUCUAGACUUGGUGCUAAGCAGCAAAACAGAAAGAAAACAUCUAAGAGUCAGAAAGUUCAGAAGAACAAGAACAAGUCUAUGCAAAGAAAGAAGUAUCAAUGGAGGUGUAAAGACGUCCUUGAUGGGCAAGAGAUCUCAAAGCCUUCCGUUGAGGAGGUAAAGGCAGUUGAAUCAAACCAUGUCUCAAUUGAGAAAAUUUCUAACUCUGAUUCUUCAAAUGAAGAACCAAAUCCAGCCCCAGAAGCCUUUGAGGAAGGGGGACAAGCUACUACUGACGAGCUAAAGCAACGGAACUUGGGUACAGAGGAUGAUCCAAGACCCAUUUUUCUCAGUGCAUCGUUGAGUUUGGAGGAAGAAGUAAGAUAUGUGCAACUACUUACUGAGUACAAGGAUGUGUUUGCAUGGUCUUACAAAGAGAUGCCAGGCUUAGACCCAAAAGUAGUUGUUCAUCGUCUAGCGAUGAAGCAUGGGGUACGCCCAGUGAAGCAAUCGCAGCAACGUUUUCGUCCAUACCUUAUCCCACAAAUUGAAGCUGAGGUUGAUAAGUUGAUUGAAGCUGGCUUCAUUUGGGAGGUCCAUUAUCCAUCCUGGAUUGCGAACAUUGUUCCAGUUCAUAAAAAGAAUGGACAACUCAGGGUAUGUGUAGAUUUUCAUGAUCUAAACCAAGCGUGCCCAAAAGAUGAUUUUUCGCUUCCGAUCAUAGAGCUUAUGGUGGAUGCAACCAUGGGGCAUGAAGUUUUGUCCUUUAUGGAUGGAUUCUCUAGUUACAACCAAAUUCGCAUGGAUCCUAAGGAUGAAGAGCUUACAGCUUUUCGAACACCAAAGGGUAUUUACUAUUAUAAAGUUAUGCCAUUUGGGUUGAAAAAUGUCGGAGCCACUUACCAGCAUGCAAUGCAAAUGACUUUUAGUGACAUGUUGCAUAAGCUGGUUGAAUGUUAUGUCGAUGAUUUGGUUGUUAAAUCUAAGAGACGUGAUGACCACCUCAAUGACUUGAAAGUUGUGUUUGAAAGACUUCGCAAGUACCAGCUAAAAAUGAAUCCAUUAAAACGUGCCUUUGGUGUUUCCUCUGGCAAAUUUAUGGGGUUUAUUGUGAGGCAUCGAGGUAUUGAAAUUGAUCAAUCCAAGAUAGAAGCAAUUGUGAACAUGCCACCGCCGAAAAAUCUUCGAGGGCUAAAAAGUCUCCAAGGCAAGCUAGCUUACAUUCGAAGGUUCAUUUCAAACCUUGCUAGACGGUGUCAUCCAUUUAGCAAGUUAAUGAAGAAGGAUGCACCAUUUGUAUGGGAUGAAGCAUGUCAAAAUGCUUUUGAAAGCAUUAAGGAAUACCUCCUUCACCCUCCAAUUCUUGUUGCACCCAUUCUUGGGAGACCAUUGAUCCUUUAUAUUGCUGCACAAGAAUAUUCCUUGGGAGCAUUGCUGGCACAAGUCAAUGAAGAAGGAAAAGAAAAUGCUCUCUAUUGUAUGAGCCGUACUCUCGUAGGGGCAGAAGUGAGUUAUUCACCCAUUGAGAAGAUUUGCUUAGCCCUGAUCUUCUCUACGAAGAAAUUGAGAAAUUAUAUGUUGGCUCAUGUUGUACAUCUCAUUUCAAAAGCAGACCCUUUAAAAUACAUCAUGUCAAAGCCGGUGCUCUCUGGUAGAAUAACAAAAUGGGCACUAUUAUUGUCUGAAUUUGAAAUAAUUUAUGUGCCACAAAAGGCGAUAAAAGGACAAGCCUUAGCUGAUUUUCUUGCAAAUCAUCCAAUUCCAACUGAAUGGGAGUUGUCAAAGGAUCUUCCUGAUGAGGAGAUGUUCUUUGUAGAUGUAUUGCCAUCAUGGGAGCUUUACUUCGAUGGAGCAUCCAGAAGAGAUGGUGCUGGGGUUGGCGUGGUGGUUGUAACGCCAAAAAAUGAAGUAAUACCAUUCUCUUUUACUUUAAGAGAACAAUGCUCUAAUAAUGUUGCUGAGUAUCAAGCCUUGAUUGCGGGCUUGGAGAUGGCUCUUGAAAUGCAAAUUUAUCAACUCAAUGUUUAUGGGGACUCAAGCUUGGUAGUGAAUCAACUCAUAAAGGAGUUUGAUGUUCGAAAACAAGAACUUGUCCCAUACUUCCAAUAUGCCUCUCAACUCCUUGAGAAAUUUGAUCAUGUCUCAAUUGCCCACAUUCCUAGAAGUCAAAACAAGCAAGCAGAUGCUUUGGCUAAUUUAGCUGCUGUCAUUACAAUAUUUGUCAUUGAGAAAGAAGACUGGAGACAACCAAUCAUCAAUUACUUGGAACAUGGAAAGCUACCAGAUGAUCCACGCCAAAAAUCCACAAUUCGGAGGAGGGCUCUACGCUUUGUUUACUUUUGUAACACCCUCUAUCAGCGAUCUUUUAAUGUAGUUCUCCUUAGAUGUUUGGAUGGAGAUGAAUCAUCCCAAGUGGUUGAGGAGGUGCAUUCUGGAAUUUGUGGAGCUCAUCAGUCUGGUCCAAAGCUUCACUACCGAAUAAGAAGAAUGGGAUACUAUUGGCCAACAAUGCCAUCGGAGCCUUUACAUCCAACAAUAGCAUCAUGGCCCUUUCAUGCUUGGGGUUUAGAUGUGAUUGGACCCAUAACACCAAAAUCUUCAGCUGGGCAUGCAUAUAUCCUAGCAACAACUGAUUACUUCUCCAAAUGGGCGGAAGCUGUACCUUUGAGAGAAGUCAAGAAGGAAAAUGUUGCUGACUUCAUUCGAGUCAAUAUCAUCUAUAGAUAUGGUGUUCCAAGGCACAUAAUUACAGAUAAUGGCAAGCCCUUUAGCAACAGUCUCAUGGAAAAGCUGUGUUCAAAGUUCAGGUUUGCCCAACAUUUUUCCUCCAUGUAUAAUGCUGCUGCGAAUGGACUGGCAGAAGCUUUUAAUAAAACCCUUUGCAAUCUCCUUAAGAAAGUUGUUUCAAAGUCCAAGCGGGAUUGGCAUGAAAGAAUUGGUGAAGCACUUUGGGCGUAUCGAACGACUCAUCGUACUCCAACAAAAGCAACUCCUUAUUCUCUUGUGUAUGGAGUUGAAGCUGUUCUCCCUUUGGAAUGCCAAAUUCCAUCUCUCAGGAUCGCCAUUCAAGAAGGUCUUACUGAUGAACAAAAUCCAAGCUUCGUCUCCAAGAAUUAGAAGCCUUAGAUGAGAAAAGACUAGAGACCCAACAACACUUAGAGUAUUAUCAAGCCAGAUUGUCUAGGGCAUUCAACAAGAAGGUCUGACUAAGGGCAUUUCAAGUUGGAGAUGUGGUGUUAGCUAUUCGAAGGCCAAUUGUCAUCACU